CGCGGGCCGGCGCACCAUUGGUCGGCGGGAAUGUGGCGCGCCCUGCUGCCGGCGCGGGCAAUUGGCCGCGCGGCCUCGGGGGGCGGGGCUAGGGCCGGAGGCGGGGCCCGUGCCUGGGGGCGGGGUCUGAAGGAGACUCGCCCAGCGGCGCAGCCUUCAGUGGACGGCGCGCGUCUGAGGUUCCCGGGGCGGCGCGGAGGCCGGGCGGCGAUGCCAGAGGUAAGCACGGACGAGCUGGACGAGCGGCAGGUGCAGCUCCUGGCGGAGAUGUGCAUCCUCAUCGAUGAGAACGACCGUAGGAUUGGGGCGGAGACCAAGAAGAACUGCCACCUGAACGAGAACAUCGAGAGAGGGUUGUUGCACCGAGCUUUCAGUGUCUUCUUGUUCAACACCGAGAACAAGCUGCUGCUGCAGCAGAGGUCAGACGCUAAGAUUACCUUCCCAGGGUGUUUUACUAAUACUUGCUGUAGUCACCCGUUAAGCAACCCAAGUGAGCUGGAAGAAAAUGAUGCUAUUGGAGUAAGAAGAGCAGCACAGAGGCGGUUAAAGGCCGAACUCGGAAUUCCCAUGGAAGAGGUUCCUCCAGAGGAAAUUAAUUAUCUAACACGAAUUCACUACAAGGCUCAAUCUGAUGGUAUCUGGGGAGAACAUGAAAUUGAUUACAUUUUGUUUGUGAAGAAGAACGUGACCUUGAAUCCAGACCCCAAUGAGAUUAAAAGCUAUUGCUAUGUAACAAAGGAAGAAUUACAAGAACUUCUAGAAAAGGCUGCCCAUGGUGAAAUUAAGAUAACCCCAUGGUUUCAAAUUAUUGCAGAUACUUUUCUCUUUAAGUGGUGGGAUAACUUAAAUCGUUUGAAUCUGUUUGUUGACCAUGAGAAAAUACACAGAAUGUAAAAGUGGAGAUGAAUGGUUACUAAAGUACUGAAGAAUUUCUCUAGUUAGUAAACUUAAAAUGAACUUUAAAAAAAUCUGGUUCCCCACUGGAACUCUCCUUGGAAAUACUGAUACUUUACAACCAGAAUUUGUAUGGAAAAGAAUUCUUGAUUUUAUGUCAUACGCCCCAUAUAUAUGUACUGCAAUUUGUAAAAAAAAAAAAAAAAUUUCAGAGAUUAUUAUACAAAGAGAGCAAAAUAAACUUAACCUGUCUAAACAAAUGGUUAUGACACAUUUAAACAAGUGGAGUUCAUAUUUUAUAUAUUGUGAUAAACAUUUUCAGAAGACUUGUAUAGCACUUUACUAUCUGCCAGGUACUUGACAAACUUUUAUCAUGGUCCAAAAUAAUGUGCAAUGGAAGCUAUUUGCUUAUCUACUUCAAAACAUUGCAAUCUAACUUUCCAUGUUAGGAGAUAAAAUAUAGUAGAGCAAUUCAAGGGAAUUAAAUGGCAUGAUUUUUGUCAUUAAAAGUUAAUUUUGUGGUUUAAUCAUUCUGUAUUUUUGAUACUUAAAGUCUAACAUUGAUUUUGGUAGGGACAUUGGCUAGGUGAAGUCAUUUUUUUUUUUUUUUUUUCACGUGAGACAGGUAAUGUGCCGAUGUCGUAACAAGGUUUGGAGGGAGGCACAUGUCACGCAGCAGCAUGAACACCCGAUCAUCAUGCUCAUGAACUACAAAAGGAUAGGUGAAGUCAUUUAAAUAGUCCAUGCCAAUUAGUAAAGUCUGGUUUUCAAAAUUACUAGGAACACAGCCUAUUUGUAAAAUGGAACUUGAGUCAGUUGAGUCAUACUCAACAACAGGGUCUUUUAACUGUGGCACUGCAGUUUAGACUGGUUAAUUCUUUUUGAAGGUUCAUCCUGUGCCUUGUAUAGCAGCAUCCUUAGGUUCUACCCAAAAAAUGCCUUUAGCACCCCUCCCCCCCAUGGCAGCCCCAGUGACACCAAAUGGUAAAUGUCUUCUGGAGGUCAGGCCAUGUUGUAGGAAAACUAACCAAAAACAGGUUAAUAUUCAUGUUAAAUAGAUUUGGGUUAUGGAAUAUGUAUAUAUUAUUAUUCAAAAUGUACCUUGACUAAUGGUACUUUUUUAAACUCUUGCCACAGAUUUCUUACAUUUGAGACCUUAAGACUGCUUUAUUAUCCUUGAAUGCUAUUGAUUUCAGGCAAAACUAUAGCAAAUGUUAACUUUAACAAUAAAAAUAAAUUACCACAUUUU